AUGAAGGAUGGUGUCAAAGAUGCCAGCGCCAUUGAGGAGACGACUUUUGACAUUGGAGAGAAUGAGGUUUUGAACUUGCCCAGGUGCUUAUUAGUGUCAAAGACACCUUUGACUGAUACUUUUCUGCAGGAUAAAAUAGUGUCUGCAAGCAAAGAAGAUUUUAAAAGUGGCUUAAUUAGACCGAAAGAAGAAGAAUAUGAAUCAAAAGGGAUUAAAAAGAUUGAUGUCAGGCUUUUACUUAGCAAAUCUAAAAACAUGUUAUGUUAUGCAGAGGCUAGUGAUGAUUUUGUUGAUUUAGUCUUCAGCUUUCUUACCAUUCCUCUUGGAUGUUUUGCAAAAGAAGUGCGUGGUAGUGAUUCUUCGAUAGGUUUUGGAAUUCAGAAUCAGCUGCUACGCUUGCAGGAAGCUGUUAGAGGCAACAAACCUUAUUAUACUGGCAAUGAAAUUUCAUUUUUAUCCUGUCUUUUGAACGUAAUGGAUCCUCGAUCACCCUACAAGAAUUACCACGAACUUCUUUAA